UUCUUUUUUCUCGGUUCUUUUUUUUCUUCCCCCACACUCUUUUGAGCUUUGCUCUCUUAUUAUAGAGAGUGACGAAAACAAAAAAUAGAUUCGACUAAUACGAAUAAACCGUCAAGCGCUUCUACAACCAUGGCAUCUGCAAGCAGCUCCGCGCAGGCCGCCUUCGGGCUGGGCCGGAGAAAGAAGAACCCCGGGCUCCUGGAUCAGAUAGGAAAGUUCUUUGGAGGGGACAAGAAAAGGAAGGGCAAGGGUUCUUUCCGAGGUGCUCUCUCUCCAGCCCCUCAGAAAGCGUCUGCCACCUCGCCACGCAAACGCGGAGCUGAGAACGCCGUGGUCCACUUCUUCCGCACGAUCGUGUCCCCCGCCCCUCCUAAAUCUAGGUGGAGGGGACUAGCUGCCAAGAUAGGCCUGGGCCAACAGAAGUCAAGCAAGAAGGCCAGCGCUGGGGACGGCAAAGGCACCCUGACUAGGAUCUUCAAAAUGGGUAGCAGGAGUGCCUCCCCAGCCAAACGCUGAAGUCCCCCCAAAACAACCCUUCCAACACCAAGGGGGUCGAUGUUUGAGAGCACAUCAUGGAGGGUGCAAACCAAAAAAAUGAAAAAAGGAGGAAGUCUCGUCAUCCCCUCAAACUGAGCUGCCUUUAUUUUUUAACACCCUAAUGUUUGCUAUUACCCCUCUUUUCCCCCAAAACAAACGCUCAUUCGGCUGAUAAGACAGCAACACAAUCUCUUCUUCGCCCUCCUCUUCCUCCCUACCGCCAAGUGUCGUGCAAAGUGUGUACCAGUGUGAAAUAUCUGAGAUCCUGAAGCCGCUCAACGUGUGCCAGCCUGAAUGAUCUUAUUUCUUCCUGUGUGUUCGGGUUAAGUUUUAUUUUAUUUUAUUUUAUUUCCCAGUCUUGUCUUUGUCGGGUUUCUAACAGAGAGGUGGCUAAGACCCGGAAGCGGUCCUGGGAUCAGCUGAGGGUCCAGGCCGGUGCAAGUACCGCUGACUUCACCGUUAAUGCCGCUUGUUGAUUGGUUGAUUAGAACCAGGUCGCUUCUGGGUUAUUAGUAAUAAUAAAAAUAAUCUUUUGUUUUCUAACUAAAAAAAAAAAAAAAAGAGUCGUUUUCUGUCUCGUCUCUCUGUCCGCGUCAUCACCUCGAACAUUUCCUCUAAGCAUCGCGUUGUGAACAGUUUAGUAGUUUAUUGUUAUUAUUUUACUAGAGUCGUCUUUUCACGCGCUUCCUUCCCUCACCCCCUCGUGUGAAGCGUCCUGUUGUGAAUGUAGUGUUUGUAACUUUAAGCUAGCUCGUAGUUUUGCGCAGAAUGAAAGAAACUCAGACGUAUAAUUUCCUGUUUAGUUUUCACGAACCACUGACUUUUUCCUCCCACGUCCGUAACCGCGUCACUCGAUAGUUUGAACGCUAAUGUCGGAGACGUGCUUAAUGCUUCCGUGUCUUCUGCUGUUUCUAUCGCACACUUAGAGCUAAAUUCAGUUCCCGAAAUGUACUUUUCCUCCUGAAUGCCAAAAAAAAAGAACAAAAACAAAGAAACAAAAAACAAUUAGCUGUGUUUCCUUUUUGGUGAAUGAAUAAAUAAAGAAAGCAACACACAGUUUUCACAAAGGUGCUCUGUGAUUAACACAAUAUAAAGUGUUUUCCUUACGAAUGUGUUAAAUUUUGUGUUAAAAAA